GUAAGAUGGUAUUAUAGCAAGUUUGGUAAGCGACGUUAUCUGAAAAAAAAAACGCCACGCAAAAUCAAAGAACAAACGUUAAAACGAGUGAGCAGACAUAGUUUACAACAUUACACUUGCAUCUUGAAAUGUCUUUACCUGUUUCCAAUAAAAAAGUUCCAGCGACAAGGAUUGUGGACAAAGAUCUUGAUCAGCUCGCAACAGCGGUUUCGAAUGUACUUGAGAACCUGGAACGGAUCAGUUCACUCCAGAAAGACGAGAUCGCCGGAGCACAACUUUUCAAAGAGUUCCUGCAAUGUCAGUUUACGAUCUACUCAAAAGAUUGUUUAAGUGAAAUUGUUCCAAUGUUUGGAAAAAUUUCCGAGGCUCUGAUAUCGUUUUCGAAUUUGCACGUUUCCCAAUCAGUAAAAUCGAAAGAUAUGGAAAGAAAAAUCAAAUUAAUUGUUGAAGAGUGCCAAAAAAUUAGCGUGGAUACACAUAAUGCCGCUAUAAAGGAGAUGAAUGAUGAAGCAGAAAAUUUUUUUCAAAAAGACAGAAAUAGAAAGGCUACCCAAACGGAAGAAACAGGGUCAAAAGAAACAGCCAAGUCUGCCCAUAUCAUGCUUGCGAAACCUCAUUUUGGGCGACCCUACUUAAAUAGUAGUCGAGAAUCAACUCAAGAACGAAAUUCUAUCAAUAAAUCAAAGAAAAACCAAUUAACUGGCUUAACUGAUGAGGAAGAAAAGUGUUUAAUUCUUGAAAAAAACGAAGUUUAUGGAAAUUUCAUUGAAAACCUGAAUAAGUGCUUGAAAUUUGUAAACAAGCUCACCGCCCUAUUCGAAGAAUUGAAAGACCCUAAGAAAGCAAGAAACUUCGAAACUGAUCAGUUCGCGGAAGUAAAAAGAAAAGUCGGUAAUUUGGGCCGCUUCCUCAGAGACUUCCACAAAAAGAAUAAGCAGCUUCCUCAGUCUCAAGCAACGAGCAGCUCCGGAGGAGCCAGCAGUGGCGUACCCGACAAGAGUAAAUUCGAAAAUAGAAACGAAAUUGAACAGUUCGCCGACAAUCUAAGCCAUGCUUCUGAAACACUUCACGUUUUCAGUGAAAAAACGGAAAAGCUAAUGAAUGAGUUCACUGUGUCUGCCGAAGAUCAUGAAUCCAAGUUUUAUCAACUAGCUUUGGAGCGAACGCCGGAUCAAUUGAAAACCUACUCAAAUAAAAUUUUGCCAAAAGCUAAGGAAGUUUUUGAAAAAAUUUCCACGGCUAUGAACAAAUCUGUGGCCUUGACCUAUUAUCAGUAUGAAGCUGCUAUUUUGCACGACUCUCUUACAACUAAUCAGGGGAAUUUUGAAGAAGUACUGAGAUUGUGGGAAGACUUAAAACCAGAACUUGACAAAGUAGUUGAUGAGAUGAAUCCAAGCGCCAAAAACACAUUUGUUGGAGACACUGUCCCGAAAGAUUACACCAAUGAUAAAGCUUCCCAACAACUCAUGUCACCAGUUAGAGCCUUGAAUCAUUUGAUAGAUAGCACACUGCCAUCAAACCAAACAAAAAAAAUUAGGUAUAUUUCCUCAAAGAAAAAGAAAAUGUUCGUUGACAAUGAAUUAACUCCUGCAUUCGAAAAUUUUAUCAGAAGUCUUUACCUGGAAAGUUUGCAUACCUUGAAAAAAAACUUAGACGCUCAUAUCCAUUGCGAGGAAGAAUAUGCCAUGUUUCUGCACUUGGAAGAAAUGAAGAAAAGUGCCAAAAAGAUAAGCGAAGUCUGCAAAGAGUUCGCCACUAGGUCAAAGCGCCAUCUAGCAUUGUGUUCUUCUGAUAUUUGUACUGACAGUUCGGUAACACCAAACAAAAUCGAGGGCGAUGAGCAAGUUUGUCAUGACAGCAGUUCCGUACGCCACCCUCAAGAAAAUCCGCAAAGUAGCAGCUCUAAGCAACCAAACAAAAAUGCGGACGAUGGGAAAACAUGUCUUGAGACGUUUCGAGAUGCUUUACUACAAGCACCCAAAGAUUUCAAAAAAAUCAGAUACUGCAAUCGUUUGAAUGCUUCUGACACUAUGUCCAACAGAUACGAACUAUACACUCUGAUGUGCUUCGACAAAUGCUUCUUGGCAUACUUGUACAACCAAGCAGACAUGUUGGCACUAAACCAUGGCAUCAGACUGAGCAGAAUGAAUCUAGGAAGUGAGAAGAUUCUAGAUGGUGAUGAAAGGCGAAACGCUGAGACCGGGGCGGCGACCGUGACACCAACCAAUUUCUUCGAGGAAGAGGAGUGA